CCUUCCUUCCUUCCUUCUUUCCUUCCGAUCCGCACUGGUUUGUCUCUUUCUUCUCUUGUCUUCUGAGUUCCGAAGCAACAAAAUAAAUUGCAAAAAAAUAGAGUAGCAUAUACGUCAGCUCCUCCAUGUGCAUAAUUGCAGCUAGUGAGUGGAGAGGAGCAGUAUAAAUAGCAGCAGCUCAGCUCAGCUCAGCUCCUCCUCCACGCUGCAAGACAAUACCAACAACCAAUCAUAUCAUGGCUGAAACUAAGCCAUUGUUAGUAGAGGAUGUUGAAUAUCAAACUGCCGGAUCAGGAGCUAGAAGUAGAAGAACCACCUUCUCUACAACUAAAUCAAAAAGUCCAAAUGAUCGAGUGGCAUCUCUCGAUGUCUUCCGCGGCCUCUGCGUUUUUCUUAUGACAUUUGUGGAUUACGCUGGCUCCAUUUUUCCAAUUAUUGCUCAUUCUCCUUGGAAUGGUCUGCGUUUGGCUGACUUCGUCAUGCCUUUCUUCCUUUUUGUUGCUGGAGUUUCACUAGCAAUUGUUUAUAAGGAUCCUUCGCACAAGGAAAGGUCUACCUGGAAGGUUGUGGCAAGGACAUUAAAACUUUUUCUCCUUGGUAUCCUUCUUCAAGGUGGUUUCUUGCAUGGGAUAACUUCUUUGACAUAUGGUGUGGACCUUGAAAGAAUACGUUGGCUGGGAAUCUUGCAGAGGAUAUCUGUUGGACACAUUGUAGCUGCUUUGCUGGAGAUAUGGGAUCCAUAUGAAAAGAGAAAAAAAGAUAGUUUCUUCAUGAACUAUAUUUGGCAUUGGUUCACUGCAUUUGUACUAUCUGCUAUAUAUAUGGGCUUAUCGUAUGGGUUGUAUGUACCCGAUUGGCAAUUCAGUUUACCGCAGUCAGCUUCCUUUGGUUCAUCCAGCGAAAGCUAUAUUUACAAGGUUAACUGUUCUGUAAGAGGUGAUAUGGGACCAGCCUGUAAUCCUGCUGGAAUGAUAGAUCGUACUAUUCUUGGAAUUGGCCAUCUCUAUGCAAAGCCUGUAUAUAGAAAUCUGAAGGAAUGCAAAAUAUCAUAUCCACCUUCCUGGUGUCAUGCUCCCUUUGAACCUGAAGGUAUUUUAAGCUCACUAACAUCUGCUGUCACCUGCAUUAUUGGACUCCAUUAUGGUCACAUUCUUGUACAGUUGAAGGACCAUAAAGAAAGGCUGUCCAAUUGGUCGAUUGUUUCAUUUCCAUUUUUGGUUCUUGGGUUGUUCUUAGCCUUGCUGGGUAUCCCUCUAAACAAAUCUUUGUAUACAAUAAGCUACAUGCUGGUAACGACGGCAACUGCUGGAAUCACAUUUUCCAUUUUGUAUAUUUUGAUUGAUGUAUAUGGGUUGAGAAAGUUAUUCUUCUUGUUGGAGUGGAUCGGAAAGCAUUCUCUUUGUAUUUUUGUUCUCAUAACAUCAAAUAUUGCUGUGAUUGCAAUCCAAGGUUUCUAUUUGAGAAGUCCAGAAAACAACAUUGUCAACUGGAUUGUUACAAGUGUGGUGCAGAAAUGAGACGCCUGCAACAAAAUGCGCUUUAUAUAUGUAGUAUUUGCAGAGAAGGGUUUACUUAAUUACAGUCAUGCGGGCAGCUGCAUCAUCCAUGGAUUGGAAGCAGGAGGAGUUUCCAUACCAAGGGGCAAUGUGUACUUACUGGUUAAUUGAGUUGGUGACCAAGUUAUGUAUGUAAUUCUGAGGCUGCCGUUCUUAAAUUAGUGUAAUGGUUUACUUGUGUUUCGCAACUUGUUAUGUGUGAAUAAAAGUACAAAAUUGUGGCAGUGUGGUGUGGAUCUCUAUUAUGAUUAUAAUUGUAGAAAAAGUGUUUGGUAAA